CUUUUUUCUGUUGAAAAACAGUUGAAACCCAUACAACUUUCAGCCAAUCUCUUUCAGAUCUUCCUCCUCCGCCACCACACCCCCACCUCAUACCUUAUUCUCAACCCCUUACUUCCCUCCUAUUUUCUCAGCUCCCUCACAUCCCAGAAGAGAUUUCACAGACUCUAGCAUUCCAAACUAGAUCUCAUGAAAUUCCACAAAGCCAUGCAACACCAGCAACAAGGCAUCACUCUCACAAACCCAUUUGAAGCUCUCACCGAUGAGAUCGUAUUCUCCAUCAUCGACAGCCUCGGGGACGAUCCUCAGGGCAAAAAAUCAUUCUCUCUCGUAUGCAAAUCCUUCCACUCCAUUGAAUCGCGCCACCGCAAAACCCUCAAGCCUCUUCGCACCGAUCUCCUCUCAAGAACACUGCAAAGAUACCCUUUUAUAUCUCGCCUUGAUCUCAGUUACUGUCCACGUAUUGAGGACGAUACGCUUUCUAUUAUGUCUACAACUUACAAAUCUACAUUGCUGUCGAUUGAUCUUUCACGUUCUAGAUUUUUUACGAAUGUGGGUUUGUCGAGUUUGGUCAUGAACUGUUCGGCUUUGGUUGAGAUUGAUUUGUCUAAUGGGACCGAGUUGACGGACUCGGCAGCGGCGGCGAUUGCGGAGGCUAAGAACUUGGAGAGGUUGUGGUUGGCAAGGUGUAAAUUGAUAUCAGACAUUGGAGUUGGGUGUAUAGCUGUGGGGUGUAAGAAAUUGAAGCUGAUUUGCUUAAAGUGGUGUUUGCGUAUUAGUGAUCUGGGCGUGGGUUUGAUUGCUUUGAAAUGUAAGGAGAUUCGUAGUUUAGAUCUUUCUUACUUGCCGAUAACUGAAAAGUGUCUUCUAGCUAUCCUGCAACUACAGCAUCUCAAACAGCUGAUUCUUGUGGGAUGCUCUGGAAUUGAUGAUGAGGGCCUUUCAACUCUGAAACAAGGUUGCAAGUCCCUAGAGACACUUAAUAUGUCAAACUGUGAGAACAUCAGUGAUGGGGGUUUGUCUUCGAUAACAAAUGGCGCUGGACACCUUCGCGAGCUUAUCCUCGCAUAUGGCCCUACUGUCACUGCAAAUCUGGCCAAAUGUUUACACAAUUUUUCGUCUUUGCAAUCUAUAAAAUUAGACGGUUGCCUGGUUACAUGUUCUGGGAUGAUAGCCAUUACAAGUUUGUGGGCAUCUUUGAAGGAGUUGAGCUUAUGUAAGUGCUCAGGAGUGACAGAUGAGGGUUUAUGCUCCAUUGUGAAAAGACACACUGAAUUAAGGAAGUUAGACAUCACAUGCUGUCGCAAGAUAACACUUUUUUCGAUAGACAGUAUAACAUAUUCAUGCACCUCUCUUACUUCCCUGAAAAUGGAGUCCUGUAGCCUCGUUUCAAAAGAGGGUUUUAUUUUGAUUGGACAGCGUUGCAAAUUCUUAGAGGAACUGGACAUCACAGACAAUGAAAUUGACGACAAUGGUUUGAAGUGGAUCUCAAGAUGCUCAAAACUUUCAAUUUUAAAACUAGGAAUAUGCCAGAACAUAACCGAUGAUGGACUCUCCCAUGUUGGAAUGGGUUGUCCAAAGCUAACAGAACUUGAUCUAUACAGGUGUACUGAGAUAACAGAUUUCGGCAUUGCAUCAAUUGCUAAUGGUUGCCCUGCAUUGGAGAAAAUCAACAUGGCCUACUGUGAUAAAGUGACUGAUGCUUCGUUAAUAUCAAUAUCCAACUGUCUACGUUUGAAAUCACUUGAAAUUCGUGCAUGUGCUUGUGUUUCUUCUGUGGGUCUAUCAGCUAUUGCUGUAGGAUGCAGGCAACUCACCAUCCUAGACGUAAAGAAGUGCCGUAAUAUCAAUGAUACUGGAAUGCUUCCCCUUGCUCAAUGUUCCCAAAAUCUUGAACAGAUAAACUUAUCGUAUUGUUCAGUGACAAAUAUUGGGCUUUUGGCGCUAGCGAGCAUCAACAGCCUGCAGAACAUAACUAUCUUGCAUGUAACUGGUUUGACCACAAAUGGACUUGCAGCUGCCCUGUUAGCAUGUCGAGGGCUGAGAAAAGUGAAGCUUCAUACUUUGUUUAAAGCAUCACUUCCUCAGUCCCUCAUUGAUCACUUGGAAGCUCGUGGCUGUGUGUUUCAGUGGAGAAACAAAGCAUUCCAGGUGGAAAUAGACCCAAAUGGAUGGCAGCUACAAUUGGGAAGAGAAAUCCAAUGAGCCAUGCCCUGAAGCUCCAUAUAUAGAGUGAUCAUCCAUGUUGGUGUGUGUGUGAACAUAAAAAAUUCACAAAAUUUGACCACUGUAUUUAUUGGGGCUAGUCAGUUAUGGAGUUGGGUUUAGCUGCAGUCGUUUGGAUUAAUCAACUAACGCUGAAUGAAAGUUGUGGGUCAACAGCCUCCUGAGCCCAUGUUGUGUCACUGGUGCUCCAGAAGACCAAACAACUUGGGCAAGAGAUCCGUACUAUACACAGUUUUCUUUUUUGGUACCUUGACAGUAGGCAAUCAUUUCAUACUGACAAUUAAUUCAGAAACAGGGGAGAGAGAGAGAGAGAGAGA